AUCUACACGAAGGCAAUAUAGAGGGCCAUUCGAGCGGAAAGGUUUGGGAAGAAUGGACUUUCAUCAGCUGGUGAAACAUUCUAUAGCCAACAUCAAUGAUGAGCUAUCCAAAAUACUGACUCUCACAACUCUCUUUGACAGCAAGCCUUCGGAAGCCCAAUCUGCAUUCUACAAAAGGAUCGUUCAAGAAUUCAACUCCAAGAUACAUAAAAUCAAGUCGGAGAAUACUCGAUUAAAUCAAAAAAAUAAAGUCCUCGCAGAUAAAGUGAAACUGCUUGAAUCGCAAUUGCUUUACUUCCAAUCUAAGACAGACUUGUUGCCUUUGAAAGCACGUCCAUCCAAAAGCGAUGGCGCAUUAAGAAGCGAACAAGACCGUGAAUCCACAGACAUAUUCAAGCUUGACAAAGCCUUGGAUUACCAAAAGCCAAAUCUCGAGAUUUUGUCAAGCCCAAUAAAGGGUUCUGAACAGGACUCUGCUAAAAGAAGUCUCCGAAAACAGGAAGAUGCGGAUACUAAGAACGACAUCACAAGCUCUCAGUUCAAUCGAUUAGCCACUCAGUAUUCUGAUGCUAGCAGUCAGCCAGAAGCUGUCCAGUUUGAGGCGCCUAAACUUCGUGUUCUGAACAGUUCGCUCAUGAAGUGCCAUGGCUCGGGCAAAGAAGCAGAACACGCUCAGCUUCAAUCAUCUUCACCGUUCAAGCGACUCAAGGGGAAUGACAGGGAAAGCUUUGAACAAUCAUUCAAGGGCUCCUUUGCAAGUGACGAUGAGAGCGAAGAAGGUGAGAUCACAGGCUUGAACCGCAUUGUUUCAGACUCGCAGGACGAGUUUGAGCCAUUAGGGAAUGCUGGAUGGUCGCCAUCCAAGAAAGGCAAUAGUACUCUGGGCACAAGAAGCUCUGCUCAAUCCAAGCCCAAAUAUCCGUCUCAUUAUACAGCCCUUCAACGGGUGGAAUUUCUUCGCAACUACCUCCGACCUAAAGUGGCAGAUAAAAACUUCACAAUAGACUUCUCAAAAAACCCUAUCACCGAAAAGCAAUGGGUCCCUGAGGACUUUACUCCCAAUGAAAAAUGGAGACCUCCAAAGAACAUCAAUCCAAAUCUAGGUGUAAUGACGAAAGCAAAGGAAAAAAUGUACGACGAGUUCUUCGAGAAAGCAGGCUUAGGACGCCGGUCUGCCGGUCCGGCGUGGGAUAGUGAUGAUGAGCCAGGUCUGGCCGUCGAGGGUGCAGAAUGGGUGCGCUCUCAAGUCAUGGACAAGUACCUGUCACCGCCUGGGUUUAUGGUGGGAGACUUUGCGAACACGCAAGAGGUCGAAGAAAGGAAACAAGCCAGGAUUGAAAAAGAUAAAGAUAGAAUAAAAAGACGGUUCAAGAGUGCAAUAUCAGGUGGAGAGUUUUUGUUCUAUGAACCAGUUUUCAACGAGUUUGUAAAAACAGGUAAAUAUGUGAACGGACCUUGAACAAGGUGUCGUCAAAAUGAAGAAAAUAAGCAAGAGUGGAACAAAUAGAAAAUAAAUGGUGAAGUCGACGAAUCACACAAUGAAGUAAGAUGAACCCGUGAGCGAGUUGUUGCAGAGCGCAGGGCUGCGAA